ACAACAUAUAAAGUGAAAAAAAGAGGCAACCAGGAUUUUCUAUAUUGCUACUGAGUUUUUGUGUGAAAGAAAUUUUAAUUUUUUUGUACACAGUUAGAAAUACGAAAGGCAAGUGACAUAUACUACACCAACAACAUACCAAGUGAAAUUUAUAAGUGGGGUCUGAGGCAUUACUUUUACCUUGUAGUAAUUGAGAGGUUGUCUGCGAGUAUCACAUUUCAAAGCAGUAUGAAAAGAGGUUGUCUGCGAGUAUCACAUUUCAAAGCAAUAUGAAAAAGGAAACUACAGAAGAAAAGAAGAGGAAGCAAAUAGUGUAGUACACACAAGAUUUGUAAGUCAACUGAGUCCACUCAUUUCUCUUUCUUAUCCUAGAAAAGAGAUAGAUUUUUAGAAUUCAGAGGUGAAACAGCUAAAAGGUUUCAUAAUUCUUUGGUAGAUCUAAUGGACAGAAGGCUGUGGGAGGCUGCUAAAACAGGAGAUGUUCAUCACUUGCAAAGCUUGAUCAAAGAAGAUCCUCUUUUGCUCAGGGCAGUUUCAUUAGCAGAAUACGCUGGAGAAUUAAACCAGGAUGGUUUCAGCCCUUUGCAUAUUGCCUCAGUAAAUGGAGAUAUAGAGAUUGUGAAGGAGAUCUUGAAUGUUGACAGUAAUCUAUGCCUUCUCAAAGGAAAGGAUAGAAGAAUUCCACUUCACUAUGCAGUAAUCAAAGGCAGAGAACAUGUUAUGAAGGAGCUUCUUGUGGUUUCUCCAGACUCAGCAGAAGAAGUGACUGCUCGUGGCGAGACUUGCCUUCAUUUAGCUGUCAAGAAUUAUCAGUUUGAAGCAUUCAAAUUUUUACUUGACAACCUCAAGGAUUUAAACAAGUAUGGUCUUUUAAACAAGAAGGAUAUCCAAGGAAACACUGUUUUGCAUCUUGCUGUCUCAACUAAGCAAUAUGAGGUUGUUGAUAUGUUACUCGGCGAGAAUGUUGUUUCUAAGGGAACAAUUGAGGUGAAUUCUUUGAACAAGAAAGGCCUUACACCUUUGGAGGUACUAUUAGAGGAAUCUGAAGAUACAGAUAUUGAGGAAAUUCUUAGAGCAUCUGGUGCUUUAUCUGCUGAAAACUUGCAAUCUCUGCAACAACAAGUUUUGCCACAAUCUUGGGUUGUUCCAUUUCAAGAUCCAUCAAAUGAACAAUCCAGCAGAGAGCAAAGAAAGGACCUGCCUCGAUCUCGUGCUAAGAAGCUUCAGGAUUUCUUCAAGUACAAUAAAAGCAAAGACUGUCCAGGAAAAGUAAGAGACACCCUUCUAGUGAUAGCGAUUCUAAUUGCAACAGCAACUUAUCAAGCAGUUUUCAGUCCACCAGGAGGCGUAUGGCAAGACACUUACUGGCCUGAUGACAAUAACAACAGUAGUCAUGAUGGCAAAAUGUCCUUGCGGCAUAUCGCAGGACAGUCAGUGAUGGGUACCAACUAUCCGAUUUCCUAUGGCUUGUUCUUGGUUUUCAACUCCAUCGGAUUUUUCGUAUCCCUCCACACAAUAAAUUUCCUUACAAUAGGAUUUCCUUUGCAAUUAGAACUGCAAGUCUCACUUGUUGCUUUGGUGGCAACCUAUGAUACUGUGAUGUCUGCCAUAACGCCUAACCAGGGAAUUUCUUUAUUCUUUUUUAUCUUUUCCGUAGUCUUUUCAGCACUGUUUCCUUUCAUUACAAUGAUGUUGAGAAACUAUUGCAAGAAACCUAGAUUCUUGUCAUGAUUUAUAAACUGGACAACUACUUGAACAGCAUCUUCCUGUAGUUUGUUCUUUUGAGGUUCAAUCAGGACGUGUUGAGAUUCUAAAUAAAAAACUACUUAUGAGAUUUAUUACGA